AUGGGUAGAAAGUGUUGUGUGCCAAACUGUUGUUCAAAUUACGAUACAGUCAUCAAACGUGGCCUUCCAUCGAUUAGUACCUUCAAGUUUCCCGCAGAUCCAUAUCUCUUGGACUGUUGGAAGAAAGCAAUCAAUCGACCCGGCUGGAUUCCUUCUAAACGUUCUAGUAUUUGCAUCAAUCAUUUUGAACCUGAAGACAUUGAGCGGUCCAAUAAACCGGCCAGGUUAAAACCAGGUGCGGUACCUAGCUUGUUUCCCAAAGCACAAUUGGUGGUUGAAUCCGAGACUAAAAUACACAGUCAAUGUUAUAAAAGUGAAGAAAUUUUGGUGAACGAAAAUCAACGAGACGAUGUUAGUGAAAUACGCAACGCCUUGUGCCCAAAUUCAAAACUAAACGUUGAAGUACCAACGGAUGAUUGUAUUGAAAAUUUAGAAAGUUUUAAAGCAGAAGUAAGUGAGAAAGUGCAAGACAAGGAAUGGGUAAUAGUUUGCAGGCCCAACGUUGUGCAUUUAUUUAGCAUAAACGAGAUCGACGAUCGUUACGCAAUCAGUAUCAAUGCCAGUAUAAAAGUUUACAAUAAUUUGACAAUGAGGAUUUUCUUCAAUGAAGAGGAACAAACCGUUGCGCCGUUGGGAACCGAAAAUAAGCUCAUAACUUGGUCACAACUCAAUAGCAUAAUUGGCUGCAUUACUACUCCUUGCUUCAAUGAUUUGAAUACGACAAUUACUGAAGAGUGUUUAAAAGCUGAAAAUUACGAAACCGUGUUCCUCGAAGAACAUUUGGAAGAAACGGAGCAUGAAGAGGAAACACGUGUUGAAACUACUAUAGAAUUAAAAAUAGAGAAACCAUCUCCUGAAGUAAACACACACUACAACGAGAUCGACCAGCUAGAUACAGAACCCAUAGCGCCUGGUAGUCAAAACCUUGCAUGUCGUAAAUCUGCAUUAAAAGCGGUGUACAACUUACAGGCUGUGAGAAACAAAUGCUUUAUUUGUAAUACGGAACAUAAUACAGCGGAGGAACUGGAAUACCACUUGCUUACCCAUCUAACCCUGUUGCCAUACCAUUGUAUCAACUGUAUCCACGAAGAAGUAGUUGUUAGAACACUAUCUUCGCUAAAUAGGCAUCACUUAAUGCACCAAAAACCACUAAAAUGUCGCAUCUGCGAUAAACGCUUUAUAACGUAUGGUUCGCGUAGAUUACACGAAGAUUCAAAACACAGUAAGCACAGUGCAACAUUCAGGUGCGAUGUGUGCCAAAAAGAAUUACCUUCAAGACGCAGCUUACAGUAUCAUCGCAAGCAUCACGAAUAUCCCGAUUCUUUUAGGUGUAAUGUAUGCCUACGAACUUUGUCCUCUACGUACGAAUUAAAAUUGCACAUGAGAACACAUACGGGAGAGAAGCCUAACAAAUGCGUUUUUUGUGACGUUUCCUUCAACAGAAAAUCGAAUCUUACUGAACAUGUCCGUAGGUGCCACAACGAGGAACGACCAUUCAUUUGUGAAAUAUGUGGUAAGCGGUUUAGUAGUCAUGUAGGACUUAAAAAGCACGCGAUUUUACAUUGCUCUGGACAGAGAAAAUUGCCCAUAGUAACUCGAUUAUCGAAAGAGUUUCACUGCAAAGAGUGCGACAAGAGAUUCGGAACAUCUAUCCAGUACCAUUCGCAUAGACGGCAGCACGUAAAACGAUAUCAAUGUAGCUACUGUGGAAUUCGGAUUUCACAGUUGCGUGACUUUGAGGAUCACGAAAACACGCAUACCGGUUCCAGACCGUACGAGUGUCGCAGCUGCGGGAAAAAGUUUAAAACUGCUUCAACCUAUUACGGACAUCGAUUAAUUCAUAGUGGAGAGAAGAAACACUUUUGCACAAUAUGUAACAAGGGGUUUCUACGUUUGCGCCAUGUGCAGGUGCACAUGCGAACGCAUACGGGAGAAAAGCCAUUUCAGUGUGAAUUUUGUGGCCGAAACUAUGCCGACAAACAAACCUACAAUAAGCAUAAGCUCACACAUCGUCCUACCGUUGGAGAUAUGCUGAAAGCCAAAGAGAACACUGCUCCAGCCAAGAACAUGGUGCAGAAACACCUAACCCAGGAAGAAAGCAUAAAGCUAGAAGAAGCAUUUGAAUCACCGAGCAGAGAACAUGUUUUUCAGUCGGGAUUGGUAUAUUCAACAAACAAUUUUGCAUCUUCUCCUGUCUAUAAUUUAGAGAUUAAUUCAAGCAGUAUCACAUCUGCCAUUUUAAACAGUCAAAGUCCAGUGCUAUUUAACACUGUUUCACAAGGGACAUACGUGGCAGAAUUACCACAGUUAACAUCAUCUCAAAAAUGA